GCUGUGGAGGGUAAUUAAUUACUCAAUUAUGUGUGCUUUGAUUUAACCUCUGUUGGAUGAAGUAAUCGCAGGCCGUUAGUGUUUCACAUAAUCUGUGAAUUUCAGUUUUUCCCGUUAGAUCCAGGCUCAAUCAACACACCCCUGUUUAUUGCUCUGCCUGGCAAAUCCGGCUGAAGCGAUCGGAUCGGUCAAACGGGACUGCACCUCAGUUGUUUCCUUUUGAAAACAUUUCCUGGUUCUUUGGCCUCUGGCCUACCCAGUUCUUAUGGGUGCAAGCAUAAGCUUAUGGGUGGUUUGUAAGUGACCUGUAUGCGUGAAACGAAGCAAGGGAGGUCUCAAAGGUGCGUGUCAAAGCACGGGGCUUUAGAGCUAAUGGAAAAUGGAGCCGUGGUGCCCUUAGGGAUGGUUGAGACGGCUUAUGGUGGCUCUGAGGGAGAGCACAACCAGAAGGCCCAAACUGAGGGGAGCCCUGAGAGGGGAAGAGAGAAGCAAGAGGAGCAAAGAGCCAGGAGGGCCAGAGACUGAGUUCUAGAGAUCAGACGCCGAGGCUGGGGGGAAGGGAAGCCCAGCCCCUGGGCUGGAGGGUUUUGGUGAGGAGCCAGGACUCUAGCAGUGUUAGAAAGCUGUUGGAGACUAGCCUCCGUGGUCUGCUUUGAUAUGUUAAAUAGGCACCUCAGCCAUCUGUCCUGAGUUUGAGACAGAAAAGUUUUCUUCCUUUUUUUUUUUUUUUUCUCAAUUUAUUAGGGCAGGAGCUUAGUGGUAGAGCACUUGCCUAGCCUGUGUGAGGUAGUUGGUGUAGUCUCCCAACAGCACAAUAAAUAAAUAAAUAAAUAAAUAAAUGCACACUUGCUUGUUUUAUGAUAACUUUAUAGUUAUACAUGUAUACAUAUCUAGCCAUCCGUGUUAGUGUAUAAGACCAUAGUUGCAGGUUUAAGGGUUUUGCAUUUGUGUAUGUGUGAGUGCCCAUGUGUGUCCGGGUUAGGACAAUCCUUACACCAUGGGAGUCCCAGUGUUCAGACCUGCUGACAGCUGCUUUUACCUGCCGAGCCAUCUCGAUGGCUCUAUACAUCCAGGUUUUAAUGGCUUCCUUCAGCCUGUGUUUGGUAUUUGGGGAAGUCGUACUGAGGUAUCUGGGUUUAACUUGAUAGGUUACUAGUAAGUUUCUUCAAGAUGGGUUCAAAUGCAGGAUGAUCCAUGGGACUCUGUUACCUCCCCAGGUCGAUGCAGGCUUAUCACUCCUUCCAGAGAGUAGACCCCGAUGAAGUUCAGCCACGGAAGAUUGAGGCCUAGUGCCACAGUGGUGGUCUCCCCUUGCCAUGAAAGUUUGCAGUUUUUUCAUCCAGCGCUUUUGCCCUCUGAAAUUGGACUCAAAAUUGUUCACUACUAAGUUGACCUUUAUCCUAGCAGUACUUUAAGUAGCUUCAAUGCGUUUAAUUUUAAAAAAACGGGAACUCGGAAGCCUAGUUCUAUACUAACAAAGUAGAAGUUUUUGAAGCCAAACUGAUCUGAUUUUAACCAAGGAUAUCGGAAUUAUUACUGGAAAUAGUUUCCUCCCUGCCCCCCUCCCCCAGGUGGUGAGUGUUUGAAGGCAAAGUCUACACUGCUCUUCUCAGCUGGUCCGCAGCAGGCCCUUAUGGAUCCCGAGCAGGUGCACAGUGGACGUUUAUUUGGAUGAGAGCUGGCUGGAGUAAAAACAUAAGCAAAAUAAUCACACCUGUCGUUUAAAACCUUUGUGCCAGGUUUUAAAAAGCGUCUAUGGAAAGGAAUGAAAGGUCUUGUCCUUUGCUUUCUCUGUUAGCUACACGGAUAGUAAUGGUUAUGCGUUGUUAUCUGGUGCGUAUUAAUGUGAUUGAGCAGACCACUUCUAUGUGAAGGUCCAUUUAGGAAGGGAAAAAUCAGAGGAGCGAUGGCUGUGGGCCUCUGAUCCUUUCUCGGUUUGCUUUGGGCAUCAUGAAUCUCUUAGGAUUCCAUCUUGGAUGUCUGCCAGAAAUGCCCCAGUGCCGCUCAGUGCUGGUGCACCUGAGCAGGAGGUGCCAGUCACUCCUCUGUCGUACAGCUGCUCAGUGCUUCUCGGCAAGCCUUUAGGAACACGCUAUCUUAGUUCUGGGAGAUGUACCUAUGGCAGAUGCAGCCAGGUGUCUGCUCUCGCAGGCACAGGAACAGGUUGCACUCCUCCCUCUCCCGUCACAUCCUCUGCUUCCAGUGGGCACAGAAUCUCCUGCUUGAGUAAGGCACAGGGGGGCAAUGCCACACUUAGUGGACCCUAUAGGUUCAUGCCCUCCCUUCAGAUGGCAACCCCCUGUGCAUGUGGAUCCCCCAAGUGUGUCAGCAAGGGCCUUGCCCUUGGGACUGUCUUCCUCCAGCCUCCUUAAGGUCUGUUCCACCUGAACUCAUAGCUGAGAUGCCAAGGGUUGUUUAUUAAAAGUUGCUUUUUAUUUACAUCUAGAUCUUGCCACACUGUGGUAAGGCCUAGGCAUAGCACCCAUAUGCUUUCUUGGGUUUUCUUUGGCUUUUUUUUUUGUUUAAUACUUUCCCUCCUCCACCUCUCUCAUCACCUUACAACUCAGCUGUUGUGUCUCCUUACUUUCUUAGCUGAAUCUGUGAAGAUGACUCCAUAUAGGAGUUUUGGACACUAUGCAAGUGAUAGACAUCCUGUAGAAGCUGUAUUUUGAGGUUUUGCCAUGUGGUCUGGCUAGCAGCACACAGGCAUGGGCCGCUGGGCUCUUGGGAGCCUUGUAGUCAUGAGAGGAAAUGGCUGAUGCUCCGUAAUGCACUGCAGUGCUCAGCCAUGGUGCUUGGUAGGCUAAGUGCAUUAAAGCCAGCUUCUACUUACAGUGUCUUCCGUGCCUGGUGGGUUCAUUAGGAUGUAACUACAGCAUGACUAAAGAACAUCUGUAUCUUUACAACACUAUAGAAAGCUGGCAUUCCCUAGAAAUGUAUAAAUGGGAUUUUAUACACACCUUAUAACAUCGCCCCCCCCCCCCAAAACAAAACAAAACAAAAUACUUCUAGAACACCUGGCAGGUUUCCUAUCCUUUUAAUGACUGCUUAAUAUUCCCUGUUGUAAACAGACAUAAUAUGCUUAGAUAUAAGUUCUCAUUCUAAAUAAUGAUGAAAUCUCCUACCACAUAUGACUUAAUGUAGUGUACCUUUUAGUUCUACAGAAUAAGUAUCAUACCUAUUUUUAACUAAUGUAGAAAGUUCCAGAUGGCGUUCCUCGAAGCGCUCAGAUCUUUGGUAGGAAGCAAGUGUGCCCUGUUUCUGCCCCCUUGGUUAGGGUGGUGGAUGUAAAAUGACACUUGCUCUUGCCCCCAUAGCAGCUCCCUGAGCAGGACCACCUUUACACAGACAUUUGAGUUGGCCCUGAGGUCAGUGGCCUACCCAUGUUUUUUUGCCUAGUUUUCUAUUGGAUCGCUUGCUUUUUAAAAAUCCCGUUGUGAGAACUCUUGGUGUGCUCUGAUGUGCUGAGCAGUUCUGGAGCUAGAUGGAUGAACCUAGCCUUUCUGCUGCACUCCAGGCAAAGCCGAAAUGGGCUCAGGCUGUAUUCCAGGGCUGGACAGGUGCAUAGGUGGGGUUCCACCCUGAUACAAAGUCGUAUCCUAGGGAGCCAGGAUGCAGCCUGCUAUGGAGGACUGAGAAGGUGGAGCAGUUCUGUACCGUGCUGCCUUCCAUUGGUUAAGACCUCCAACAGUAAAGGGCUGGCCGGCCAAAGAAUGUCCUCUCUAUCACCGUGGAGGGGCAGCACUGAGCUGGCCCACAUUGUAGUGUUGCUUGUCUCCCCCUCGGAUGAGGAGCACGUUGAGGAACCCACGUUCUCCUGCAGUGACCGCCUUAACUUACAGCAGACCACACGGGUGGCUGGUGCUCUUGGCAUCCCAGAAUUUACAGGAAGCCCGGUUUGCUGCAGCUCACAGGAGUAUCGAAAGCUUGACAGUGAUGGGUCACCCCUGGCAUUGUUAGAGGUGCAUAAGCAGUGGGGACUCUGAACCCUCCACACGGGUGAAAAAAAUGGCAGGCUCAUAUGCCUGUCACAAUGGUGAAGCAGUAGUCAAAUCAUUUUAAAUUGAUGAAAUAAAGUAUAAAGAUUCACUACAAUAGCAUCCCGUCCUCUAUGUCUAGUUAAAAAGAGCCCUGAAGGAUAGAUCGAGGCAGAAGGAAAUGGAGUUCUUAACAGAUAGGGUAUAUAGAAAAUCUUAGAUAAAACUAGAUAAUCUGUUUCUAGUAUAAAAUCUUGGUCUAUGUGCUCUUUAGAGUAACUGGUCAGCAUGAGGAGACCUGGGUUUCACUGUGACAUUUUCAUACAUAGCUGCAUCUUCACAGGUUUUUCUCUUGCCCCCCCACACACACACAUCUUGCUAGUCUCCUUUGUCCCCUAAAUGGUUCUACCUUCUGCUCCUAUGCUGUAUGUGUUCUGUUAUCCUUUCUUGUCCCCUCCCUAGCCAUUUAGACUCUUCUCUACUUUGUACAUUGGUGUCCUACACAGAUGCGUGCAUCACGUAUAAACUUUACUUUCUGUACGUGAGGGGGAAGUGGCAUUUGUCUUGAUUCCGGCUUGUUCACUGCAUCCAGCUCCCAGUUUCAUCCACUUUCCUGCGAUGUCCUACUUUCACUUGUCUGUAUGGGUCCUCUACCACAUCUUCAGCCAGACCUGUAAGUCUGGUCAUUUUUCACUGUGUCUGUAGGGUGUGUGUGUGUGCACAUAAGUACCCCAGGAGCUGGCUGUCACACAGGAUGGGUGCUGAGAACUGUGCUCCUAAUUGCUAAGUCAUCCCUUCAGCUCCUGGUUCCAUAUCUUGACUAUUAUAGAUAGUUCAGCAAGAAACAAUGAGUGUGCAAACAUUUCUGUGGCAUGUGGACCUUGAGUUGUUCAGGUAUACUCAUGUAUGAUACAGAGGUCAUACACUAUUGAUUUUCUGAGGAACGCACGCACACACACACACACACACACACACCCCGAUGGGUAUAACUACCUUAAUUUAGGUUCCCACCAGCCUUAGAAAAGGAUCCCUGUUUCUCCAUGUGAAGACAAAUGGCCACCAACAAACUAUCAUUUACUGGCCAUUUGCAUCUCCAGCUUAUUAAUUGGACGCUUUUUGUCACUGUUUGGAGUUCGUUAUGGAUCCCAGGUCUUCAUCUCCCGUUGGAUGUGUAACGGACAGAGGCUUUCUCUCAUCCUGUAGGUGGUCUCUCCUCACUGAUGUGGGUUUGCCUGGCCAUGCUGAAGCCUUUUAGCUUCCAGCAUCAGCUCUGACAUCCCUUCCUGUGCAAUUGACCUUUCUGCAGUCCCAGCUUAGACGUCUCUUAAUGUUUUCUCUGGCAGCUUCAGGGUUCCCAGGAUUCUACUAAGAUCUUGGCUGUGCUGUGAAUUGAGCUUGUGUGCACUGUGAGAGACUGUCCAGUUUCAUUCUUCUGUAUGUGGAUAUGCAGUUUUCCUAGCACCACUUGUGAAAGAGGCUCUCUUUCAGUGUAACAUGUCUGGAGCGUGUGGGUUUGCUCGGUCAGUCCUCUAUUCUGUCCACUGCUCUACAGACCUGUCUGCGGUACUACUGCGCUGUCUUGUUUCUAUGGCUUUGUGGUAUAGGCCAGUGCUUCCAGUAUUGCUCUUGUUUGCUUUGCGUUGAAUUGACUGUGAAAGGGUCUCUUGUGGCACCCAACCCAAGAACUGCCGCUGCCUGUAGCAGCUGUUUAAAUAGUGGUGCACACAGCAAAGGGGCUUUAUCGCCUUUGGGGGGGCUGUGCAGUGCCCCCCAGAGUGAAUCAGUAGGUUCUACAGUCCUGGGGAAAAACAAAACAAAGAGUCUUUUGUGUCCAUAUGCAAGUUGGGUGUGUUCUCUAGUUCUUGGAAUUGGUUGCAUUGACUCUGUAGAUGACUUUUGGUGGCAUAGCCAUUCUCACUGCCUAAGCCAUGACCACAGGCUCUACUUAUCCUCCAGUGUCUACUUCAAAUUUUUUCAAUAUUUUAGUUUUUAUAUUAAUAGGUCAUUCACCUUAGGCUUUGGGGGUUUUGCUUUGUGUUUAUUUUUGUUUUGCUAUUGAGAAUGGGAUUUUUUUUUUCCCUUGACUUUUUUCUUGGCAAUUUUGUUAUUAGUGUGUAGAAAAGCUGCUGAUGUGGGGUACUAAGUUUGUUUCCUGUUACUUUCUGAAAGUUGUUCUCUGGUGGCAGCCUAAGGGUCUUCUCAGGAUCUGCAGAUAUGGAUAAUUUCACCACUCUCCCUGGUUGUACCCCAUUCACCUCCCCUUCUCCCCACACUAGCUAAGACAUUGAGUACUCUACUGAACAAGAGCAGGGAGAAUGAGCACCCUGUCAUCUUUAUCUUAGAGAAAAUGCUUUCAGUUUUUCCCCAGUAUGUAUAUAGCAUUGGCUACUUUCUUGCCCAUAUAUAGCAAGAAUGAUUUAACAUCAAAACUUUAUGUAUGUACACUUACAUUUAUUGACUUAAAGUCAACUACGUGAUCAUUUCAAUAGGUAAAAGACCUUUGAGAGAAUUCAAUCUCUCUUCACCACAAAAGCCUUGAAGAAAUGAGGGAUAAAUAGGACAUAGCCUCAGAACCAAUUGUGAUCAGGGAUACUGGUCUAUAAUCUAGUUUCUUCCUUGUGUCCAUAUCCAGUUUUUGCAUAGAGGUGAAGCUUGCUUUGUGGAGAGUUUGGUAGUGUUGCCUGUUUUUUCUGUUUUAUGGAAUGGUUUUGAGGCAUGUCUGUAUUAGCUUCUUUUAAUUGUUCGGUAGAAUUCAGCAGUGACCCCGCCCUCCUUUGUUGUGAGACUUAAUGCCAUCGCUGUCACAGAGCUGUUUAAAUUGUUCUUUUUCCCUAGCCUUUCAGUUUGGUAGGUCAUAAGCCGCUGGGAACCUAUCCAUUCCUCUAGAUUUUACAGCACUUUGGAAAACGUUUUAAAUAUUUGCUCAUCUCACAGGGUUGGUUAGCAUCUGAUGCAACAGCCUUCAGUUCAUCUCUAGUUUUAUGAACCUGGAUAUUCUCUCGUUAUUUUGGUUAGAUUGGCUAGAGGGUUUUCAGUUUUAAGGUUUUUUUCUCUUCAAAGAACUUGGUUUUUUUUUUUAAUAUAUAUAUAUUACUCAUCUAGCUAAAUUUCACUAAUUGCUGUCCCUGUCAUAACUUCUGCCAUCUACUCCUUUGGUGUUUGACUUGUUCUUUCUGUUAGACCUGGGGUACAUCACUGGUCCAUUGAUUGUGACCUGUCUGGAUUUUUAAUGUGAGCGUGCAAAGCUAUCAACUUUCCUCUUGGAGCGGCAUAGGCUGCACCCCACAGGUUCUGGUGAGUUUUGCUUUCAUGUUCACUUGGUUCUAGGGAUUUUUAAAUUUCCUCCCUGAGUUUUUUCAAGCAUCCACUGUUCUUUUUGAAAAUGUGUGGUCUAAUUUCUAAAUGCCCGGGUAGUUUCUAUAGUUUCUCUUGCUGUUUUCUAGAUGUGCUUCACUGUGAUCUUUGAUUCCUUUGUAUUAAGGUUCCAUGGGCUGCUGAAAAAAAAAAAACUUACAGCCCAUGUCUUUUGGGUAGAUAUUCAGCAUGUAUCUAUAAUUUACAGUAAUUUACUGAAAUUACUUUAAUACUUAGUUUGGACGAUCUGUCUGGACAUAGGAAAUGGGAAUUGGAAGCACCCACUAUUGUCAUUUCUGGCCUUUUAUGCCCAUUACUUGUUUUAGAAAAUUGGGAACCCGAAUCUCUUCCUAUGUACGUGCAUAUAUGCGUACACAUCAUGUACAUGUACAGAUGCUGUUUUUUUUCCUGGUCUUUGUCUUCAGUUUUUUGAUUUACCAGAUUCUGUAACUUUACAAUCUCUCCCGCUCCUCCCUCGCCCUGCAGGAUGAGCAGUCGCUGAGUCGCUGCUCACUGCGCUUGGCUCUCCUUGGCCUGAAUGCUUCCUGAGAGGCAUCGGAAGAGUGCGAGUCUACGCAUUCUGUUCUAACUCUCAAAGUUUGUCUAGAUCCACACAUCUGGUCCAUUUCCAACUUGUUCUAAUUUGUUCCAAACUCCACCUUUUUACAGUUUUUCUUGCAUGGAGGGGCAGGGUGUGGGUGAGUUGUCUUAGUCACUGAGCCAGUGUGAUGGCUCAGCAGGUAAAGCGCUCACCUCAUGAGCCUGGUGACCCGAGUUCAAUCCCCAGAACCCAAGUCAAGAUGGAGAACACCAAUCCCACAGGCGGUUUGUCCGAUCUCCACACGGAUGCUAUGAUGCCUACGCACGUAUUCAAGUCUCGGUGGUUACGGUCAUGACACUGUUUGGGUCCCUCUUGUGUAGAUACUUUAGCAGACAAAGCAUACACUGCUAGAUUUCUUCCCCAGCACCGUAACUGGAAGUGUCAAACAGGCUUUCUAUCUUAUAAAUAUGAGAGGGGCCAUUAGUUAGGAAAAUAGUCUUUCUCAUCCUGUGUGUUGGAUACCUAGAAAAUGCUCAGGAAUAGAGGAUCCUAGAUGGAGAUUCAGGAGUCACUUUCCUGCUAACCUAGGCUGUUCAUGGCAUUUCUUGUGGGUCUUUGUGUCCUACAAACUCCAAGAUCAUCCUGAGUUAUCCUGUACACAUCUUUCUACUUUGGAACCUAGGAUUGUCCAGAACAUCAAGCCAGUAACCAGGACCACCUCAUUGAGAGACCUGCCCUACCAUCUAAAGGCACAAGCUUAAGGCUCGUUUCACAUCUGCCUAGUUCCUAAAAUGUGCAUGCUUUGAAAGCUGAUAGCUUCCUAUAUUGACAGUUUUCUUAUGAAUACAUUGUUAUAGUCGCCACUCCCAAUAUGUGGUGUUUGGAAUCAAAUCUUGUCACUUGUGUAUGCUGGGCGAGCAUGCUACUGAGCCACAUCUCCAGCGAUUAGCUCAGUUUCUUGAUAGGCGUGGUACGUGGAGAUAUUUUUUUGGAAGACAAUGCUUAGUGCAAAAAGACUAGACAUUUCUUUUUUUUAGACUAGACAUUUCUAACAUUCUUCUUUUAGGCAAUGACAUUUAAUGCUGAGUAUUAAGGAGGGGAAGAAACAGAUCCACAAGACACUGCAGAAGGAAUGAAGAGUAAAAAGCCCCUGAAGAUCACCAUGGAAGACAGCCGGAGGCUUAAUGACCCAGCGGAACAAGGCGGCCUCUGUCCCGCGCCCGUGGGGCCAUCAUACUCCGAGGCCUGGGGCUACUUCCAUCUGGACCCAGCUCAGCCUAGGCACCGGAUGAUGAGCGCCUGGGCCACCUGCCGCCUGUGCGGGCUGCAAGUGGGUGGCCUCCCCAACUUCCAGAUGUGGACGCGGGCGCUGUGCCAGCACCUGAGUGAUGUGCACCUGCCGGAGCUGAAGAAGAGCGCUGCUCCGAGCUCGCCGACCACCAUGCCCUGCCCGCCGCCGCCCAGCCCCACCAUGGCUGCCGAGGGCGACUGGGCACGCCUGUUGGAGCAGAUGGGUGAGCUGGCCAUGCGGGGCAGCCAGCGGGAGCUGGAGCUGGAGCGGCGCGAGGCGGCCCUAAUGCAGGCGGAACUCGAGCUGGAGCGCAAGCGCCAGGCUCUGAAGCAGGAGGCACAAUCCGUGGAGCAGGAGCGCCACCAGCUACAGGUAGAGCGUGAAGCACUGAGUAAGUGGAUAAAGAAGCAGAGCCCCGGUGCACAGGUCCCGGAACCGCCCUCUCCCCUGCCUCUGCUCCCCAAGGAGGACCCUGACAUCCAUGACAACAACAGUGACAAUGAUAUGGUCACCAAGGUCCUGCUGUAGCAUGACUGACCGCUCCAUGUGUAAACCUAACCAUAGGCUGCAGGCGCGGCAGCGCCCCCAAGUCCAGUAGCCUGGAUUAGGUACACAGACAGGAUAGUCCUCACAGCUACCUCUUUGUAGUCCUGAAGGCAUUUUAAGCCAGAAGGUUCUCUAAACACCAGAGACUCAUCACACCGCGAGCCUUUUGUGGGGAAGGGGCAUGGUUUUUAUCCAGGAACCUGGUCCACUCUUUUCCAAAUGUAUAAUCUUGACUUGGCACCACCAUGUUCCAGAAAGGAACCUUGAGUAUCACUGACUCCCUGGCUCCCUGCCUUCAGCAUCUAUAGAACCCCACCUUGGACCAGUCCCAAAGAGACCCCUUUUUGUUCCUGUCCCUCAUGUGGCUAACCCAAGGCAGUGAGCACCCUUAAAUCAUCUUUGCCUGGAUGAGACCCAGCGACAAGUACAUUCUCCCAUUUUCUUGUCUUGCAUCUUGCCACCUUACUAGCAAGACAUCGGCCACUAGGGAGAAGUUUCUUGCCCCACAGGUCCCCACAGACCUCCCCCUGAACCAAAAGAAAAACCAGAGGCCGCGCCUCCCCACUGCCUUAGAGUCAACCCCUAUCUCAUUCCCUCCCUUUCUUCAGCCCGCUCCUCCCGCCCCCCCCCCAUGCCUCCUAUCCCAGAAAGUCAAGAUGUCCUCGUUGCCCACACUUGCCACUUUGCAUCUCACCAUGUUUGUUUCAUGUCCUGCGCAUGCUAAGCUAGCACCCAGAAGCCACACAUGGCUUCCCCAGCCCUGACCUGCCUUCUGAAGCCCCUUCUUUUGGAGGUGCACUGUGCCUUUCUAAAGGCUUUUGUUUUGAGGUAGGGUCUUUUUAAGGUAGAUUAAACGUAAAUGCCUUUUUUAUGAGACGUUUGAAAGGGCAAUCUGACCAUUAUAUUUUAUAAAAACCACAUACAUUCUAGGACAAAUCACUGCAUUUGAUUUGGGAAAAAUGUUUCUAUGACCGACGUGAAAUAUAACCCUGACAGAUUAAUUUCAUGAAAUACUUGUAGUUUUGCAACACUCCUUUUUUUUUUUUAAUAAACUUUUAUUUAUCUGCA